GGGGGGGGGGGGGGACCGGGACCCCCCCCGGAACCGGGACCGGCACCGAGACCGGGACCGGGACCGGGACCCCCUCCCGGGGCCGAGCGGAGCGGGCAGCGCGUGCGGGGCCGCGUGCUCGCGGCCUGGAACAGCGUCAAAUACGGUUGGACGCUGCGGCCGCGGCCCCACUUCAGCCCGCGGGACCCCCUGUACCUGCUGGGGAGGGUCUACGCACCGGGGAACGGGGAGGAGCUGGCGCGGUUCCGGCGGGAUUUCUGCUCCCGGUUGUGGCUGACGUACCGGAGCGGUUUCCCGGCGCUGCCCGGGACCCCCGCCCGCAGCAGCGACUGCGGCUGGGGCUGCACCCUGCGCAGCGCUCAGAUGCUGCUGGGCCAGGGGCUGCUGCUGCACCUGCUGGGCCGCGACUGGAUGUGGCCGGAGGCGCCGCUGGAACCGGAGCCGAGGGGGUCCCGCAGGACCCGCGACCCCCCGGGACGGACACGGGACCCCCGGGAUGGACCGAGGGUCUCCCGGGAUGGACACGGAUCCCCCAGGGUGGACACUGCGACCCCCGGGAGGAUGCGGAACACACCGGGACCGACCCGGGACCCCCCGGGAUUGACGCGACCCCCCCAGAAUGGACAGGGACCUCCCGGGAUGGACACGGAGCGCUCCGGGAGGACACGGGACCCCUCGGGACGGGCACGGGACCCUCCGGGACAGCCCCGGGACCCCUCGGGACGGUCUCAGCACCCCCCGGGACGGGUCCGGGACCCCCCGGGACAGCCCCGGGACCCCUCGGGACGGGUCCGGGACCCCUCGGGACAGCCCCGGGACCCUCCGGGACAGCCCCGGGACCCCUCGGGACGGUCUCAGGACCCCCCGGGACAGCCCCGGGACCCCCCGGGACGGGCACGGGACUCCCCGGGACAGCCCCGGGACCCCCCGGGACAGCCCCGGGACCCCUCGGGACGGUCUCAGCACCCCCCGGGACAGCCCCGGGACCCCCCGGGACAGCCCCGGGAUCCCUCGGGCCCCCCCCGAGCCCCCCGGGACGCGGAGCAGCGGCACCGCGCCAUCGUGUCCUGGUUCUCGGACCACCCCCGCGCCCCGUUCGGGAUCCACCGGCUCGUGGAGCUGGGCCGGGAGUUCGGCCGGAGCGCCGGGGACUGGUUCGGUCCCGCCAUCGCCGCCCACCUGCUGCGGGGGGCCGUGGAAUCCUGCACCGAGACCCCCGGGCUCGCCGUCUACGUGGCCCAGGACUGCACCGUUUACAAAGAGGACGUGGCCAGGUUGGUGCGGGGCGACCGUGACGGGCGGACAGCGGGACACGGAGCACCGGGACCGGGAACACCGGGACUGGGAUCACCGGGAGCUCCGGGACCGGGAACACCGGGAGCACCGGGACCGGGAACAUCGGGAGCCCCGGGACCGGGAACACCGGGAGCACCGGGACUGGGAUCACCGGGAGCUCCGGGACCGGGAACACCGGGAGCACCGGGACCGGGAACAUCGGGAGCACCGGGACCGGGAACACCGGGACUGGGAUCACCGGGAGCUCCGGGACCGGGAACACCGGGAGCACCGGGAUUUGGAACAUCGGGAGCACCGGGAACACCGGCAGCACCGGAGCCGGGGCAUCGCCGCGGGCUCGUCCUGCUGGUGCCGGCGCGCUUGGGGGGCGAGAACCUGAACCCCGUGUACGUGGAGUGCGUCAAGGAGCUGCUGCAGCUCCGCUCCUGCCUCGGCAUCAUCGGCGGAAAGCCGCGGCACUCGCUCUACUUCCUCGGCUUCCAAGGUGAUUCCCUGCUCUACCUGGACCCGCACCUCUGCCAGCCCUGCGUGGACACGGCGCGGGAGGAUUUCCCUCUGCAGUCUUUCCACUGCUGCUUCCCACGGAAAAUGUCCUUCGGGAAGAUGGAUCCCAGCUGCACCUUCGGUUUUUACACCGCCGGGACGGAGCUGGAGCAGCUCUGGGGGGACCUGGCCCGGGCGCUGUCCCCCCGCUCGGCUCCGGAGCGUUACCCCAUCUUCACCCUGGCCGAGGGCCGCGCUCGGGACCACCAGACCCCGGACCCCCCCCCCGGGCCGCCCCCUCCCCUCCCCCGCCGGGGGAAACGCCCCAAAAAACCCAACUCGGAGGAGUUCGUGCUCCUCUGAGCCCCCCAAAACCCCCAAACACUGGAUCGGCCCCGGGGGGGGCCGCGGGCACCCCCCCCCCCCCCCCAAAUUUGGGGCUGUUUUGGGUCACUACUGCCCCUCCUCCCCCUCCCCCCACACACACUCCGGGACCCCCAAACUGUGGGACCCCCAAAUUCACUGUCAGAGCUGCUCAGGGUGGGGGGGGUUAUUUAUUGCUCCGCUCAGGACCCCCCGGCCGCGCCCCCCGCCCCAAAUAAAAACCACUUGAACGGA